CCUGCCUGAGAGCAUUUCCGCAAUUUUCAUUUUUUUAGGCCGCCCUGCGUAUCCGGAUCUACAGGAUGACAUUCCCCAACUCAGCGAGAACUCAAUAUUAAUUGAGUGGCCCUAUAUAAAUGUCACUAACGUUCAUCCAUCGCAUGCGUUCGCUUGCGACCAUGCGUGAUUUCCUUCUUGGAUUUAGUUAUCUAACAAACAUUUGGUCCCUGCUGCUACCACAGGCGUUCUGUCUUGUCUCUGUCUUGUCUUUGUCUUGAUUGUUCAUUCUAGUUCAUCCCUGUGUCACUCAGAUAGGGCGCCUCAAUCGUUAUCAGGCGACGGUCCAUAAACACUUGAAAGAGAACGUCGUCUGGGUUAUUUCUGGGUCUAGCUUUGUCGUCAAAAUUCAAGUUGCUUAGGCACAUCAGCCGGAUUGCCCAGUGCUUUUGAUGCCCAAAGAACGAAAUGGUCUUCAGCUUCAUGACGACAUGGCGGGUACUGGUAACGGCGCUAGUGCUGUCCUCCGAAGCAAUGGCGCAGGGCUUGAACAGUUCCGUUCUUGAUAUGGUCCGUGCUAACGUGAACUCGUCUUCGACAACGAGUUGGGAGAUGGGUACUGCAACGGAAGCAAUCCUCGAAAACGAUCUCCGCCUUUCAAUAAAUUCCAUUCUUUAUUUCGCUCGAAAUGCACUCCGACAGCGGAAUCAAUCACUUGCGAUUAUUGAAGAUACUUCCGCCGGCGAUCCCGCGAGUCUGGGGGUGGCCGUCAUACUGGGAAAUCUCACAGGCGCUGAUACAGGCAUUCCGAACGUCACUUUCGCCUCAGCUGCAUGGGAACAAGUUCAAUAUCUACUUACAGAAGUGCCUCGGGCACCAAAUGGAGCGAUAUCACAUCGUGUGAACGAGUGUUGGGACUUCGUAUACAUGUGCCCACCCUUCUUUGCCUACUACGGCGUCGUAACGAAUAAUAGGUCACUGGUUCAGGAGGCGUACAGGCAGAUAUUGCUCUAUAGGGACGUGCUGAAGCGACCGAGCGGACUCUGGCAGCACAUUGCGUUGGGAGAGGAGAUAGAUACGGGGAAUUGGUCAACCGGUAAUGCAUGGGCAGCAGCAGGUAUCGUACGUGUGUUGGCGACGAUUCAAAACUCGCAGUUUUCCGGGGAGAUGCAGAGCCAAAGGGAGGAUUUGACCAGUUGGGCAGAGGAGAUCUUCGAUGCAUUCUAUCCAUAUCAGGAUUCCUCGACUUCCCUCAGCCGAAACUACGUCGAUGACAACACAUCCUUUCUAGAAGCCUCUGGCUCAGUCCUGAUGGCUUCCGCAGUCUACCGCCUCGCCAUCCUUUCCAAAUCUUACGGACACGUGCAGAAUGCUGAGCAUCUCCGAUCGAGUAACUCACCAGGUGGUCAUAUUGAUGUGGAAGGGUGGUUGUACCCCGUCUUGGGAAGUAGGAGUCCUGAAGGGGAGAGUUUUGUUUUGCUGUUGAAUGCGGCAUAUGGGGAUUGGGUUAAGGCGGGGAGUGAGGGUGCGAAGUCGGGGGCUGCUGUGAGGAGUCGUGGAGGGCGUGAGAUGAGGAAGUUGAGCGCUGGUUAUGCGGCUAUGAGCUUUGUCGUGGGAAUGAUGAUUGCUUCUGGAUUUUUGUUUUGAUUGAAGGGCUUGUGGUACGCAGUCUUUUCCUGUUGUUUGUGAUUAUUUCCUCAUUAGAAUUUGGGAUGUCACUGCAUAAUUGAGCUACGUUAGCACAUUUGUAUGAUGGACACCUGUU